AGUUUUUCUUCGUUUUCCGGUGUCUAGGAUCCGACAAAUUGUUACGACAAGAUAUCGAUCUAAACUAUGUCAUCGACUUACUUAACGCAUCCACUUCGAAAAGAUUUCUCGUCUGUGCUACGCUGUAAUACUAUAAUUUAUUUCUGAAAAUGAUGCCAUCACUAUCAAUUCACAUCCUUUCUUUGGCUUUGUGUUUAUCAUCUGGAUUUCAACAAGGAUAUAUAGCGUCUGUGCUCAAUCAACCUUAUUUACAAAUGCAACGAUUUAUCAAUGAUUCCUGGUUAGUACGUACCGGAUCUCCGAUGAAGUUGUCAACCUUGGAUAUGAUGUGGUCAUUUCUCAACGUCUGCUUCCCGAUAGCCAUGAUUUUUGGUCAAUUCCUAGCUGCGAUCAUGUGUAAAAAGAUCGGAAGGAGGGGCACUGCACUGGUGGCAACAGCAGUUUAUGUCCCGGCAACCUUGCUCAGUGCAGGGGCUAAAAUGUGUCAUUCGUUCGAGUUACUGUAUGUAGGACGAAUCCUUUGGUCAUUGGCAAAUGGUGUAAGCAGUGUUAACGCUACUGUAUGGAUUGUCGAAUGUGCUCCACCGCAGAUACGAGGACGGAUGGCAGCCAUGCAAGAGUUCUUCAUGGCUGCAGGUGCUCUGGUCACACAAGCUUUGGGUGUGCCCUUUGCAAGCGACACGCUAUGGCCUUGGAUUUUUGUGCCAAAUCUCGUCUUUGUACUUGCAUCGUUUAUCAUGUUCAUUUUCCUCUACGAAUCACCUCAAUACUUGAUGCAGAAAGGAGAGGAAGACAAGGCAAGAAAAGCCUUGGCUGCGUAUCAUGGAGUGGACGUUGAUGACUCCUCACUUGAUGCAGAACUGCGAAUUUGUGAAGAGGCCCUUGAGAAGAAAGAUGCGAAGCAGAAGGAAAAAGGUGUAGGUAGUGUCACGGAAUACGAUUCACUCACGAUACUUUUCAUGCCUUGGAAAGCUCGAGAUCCAGUAUCGCAAGUAGUGCGCUAUGGGGCAUGGCUGGGAGUUAUGGUCAAGAUUGCGUAUGUGUUCACAGGAGCAAGAUGCCUUCGCUCUUACAGCACUUUUGUCCUGUACUCCAUGGGUGGAUGGUCUCACAGCGCUGCCUUGAUGGAGUCACUCAUUAUAGGGAUACUCCGACUACCCACAACUUUAAUACCCGUCUUCCUGGUCGAUCGUAUUGGCAGACGGCCAAUGCUCAUUGGGUCGACUGCUGUGUGCUUCUUCUCCCUUAUUCUCAUGGUGGUCGGGAUUAAUGUAGGGCCCAGCUUCAAGGUUGCAACCCUCAUAGGACUUACCACUCUUCUGCUCAUAAGUGCUUGUGGAAUAGGUUCCUUGUCUCGAUUCUACUCCGCCGAGUUGGUCCCUAGAAAUAUCCUCCUCUCGUCGGUUUCGAUUCUCACCAUGUUCGAGGCGCUCACAAAAAUUGGAGUCGAAUUCGCGUUCUAUCCGCUAGCUAAUGUGAUUUACGCCCAAUCUCUGCUCAUGUUCCUCGUGCCUACAGGCAUUUUUACGAUAAUGAUGUGGUACUGUCCAGAAACGAGCAGGCGGUCUGUAAAUGAGGUGCUAAAUGAAAUGGCGCAACAAAAAAAGAUCGACGUGUCCUUCUUGACGUAACGAAUAAAGGCAGUAUUGAUAUGCUGUGUGAUAGGCAUCAAUAUAAAGAUGCUUCACACUUGUUCGCUCAAAUAUCUAUCGUUUUGGCUACGUUGCUUGUCCACGUGUAUAAUUAUUAUGUACAAAUGUUACUAUGCAUAAGACAGUAUUUAUCUUCAACGGGUUAGAAAAGUAAUAAAUGAUCCUCUUUA